UUUUUACUAUAUUUGUAGGUUGGGGCUCAAAGUUCAUUGGCAAAGACAUACUGUCUGUGCAAUCACUUAACAUUUUUUGGCAGUACUUUUUUUGUUAUGCCACAUGUUGUGGAUUUACGUGACUCUGCAAAGCUCCUAGCCAAUGCAGCUCAGAACCCUGUGGGAUUGGCACUCAUUGGUACAUUGCUGGGACUCUUCCUAAUCCUGUUAAUAUGGGCAUGGAGAAAAGAUAAAGAAGAUGUGAAGAAGGUAAGAGUAGCAGCCCUUCCAGAUAAUAGUUCGGAAUACCACUACAGAUAUGCCAUUAAAGUCUGUACUGGAUAUCGUAUGGGAGCUGGUACAACUUCUCAGGUUCUAUUAACACUUUAUGGCUCAGAAGGACAAAGUGACCCACACCUUUUGAUAGACACUGAAAAGCAAGUACAACAUUUGGGAGCAGUGGAUGUCUACCUCUUAAAAACACGCUAUCUUGGAGAGCUUCACAGCCUCAGAUUAUGGCACAGUAAUUCAGGAAGUAGGCCUAGUUGGUAUGUGCAUCGGGUUAAUGUCACUGAUUUACUGGCCCAGAGAACAUGGUAUUUCUGCUGUGACUCAUGGCUGGCUUCUAACUUUGCCGAUUGCCAACUGGAUCGCAUCUUCCCUGCAGUUUCCAGAGGCAACCUAAUGUCUCUAAGGUAUUUGCUCUUUUCAGGUGCAGUUGACAAGCUUCUUAAGGACCACUUGUGGCUUUCUGUUUGGACUCGCAGUCCUUGGAGUCCUUUCACUCGGGUUCAAAGACUUUGUUGCUGUAUGAGCCUCCUUUUGCUUAGUCUCCUUAUCAACAUCAUGUUCUGGAAAGGAGAUGACUCUACCCAGACAGGAAAGUUUCCCAUUAAUGAGAUAAAGAUCAGUUUCCAGUCUUCUUUAAUUUUGGCAGUAGUGAAUAUCAUAAUUGUGCAGAUGUUUCUGCUCAUCCAAAAGCCACUGACACAGGUGAAGCUUCCCUCGAAUAAACUCCGUGUUGCUCUUUCACCGCAUCCUCCAGCCAAAGUUGAUGCAACAAAACAGUUCCUCAUGGACUUUGGCAAACUUGUUGACUUUCUACAUAAAUACAUAAUUCAAAUACUGGGUGAGACUCCGAAAUGUCCUGUGACAUCAAGUAGUGAACCAAUCCUUCAGCACGUAGAGUCCCUAUCGUACCUGGUACAGUCUUAUAUUUGUGUCCAAGGACCAAACCAGGAAAAUUCCACACAAAGGAAUGUGAUGACAGCUCACCAGUGUCAUUUCCUCCACUAUCUGCACCAAACAUUGACUAAGCUUCAGAUUCAAGUCUCCUCUUUGGAUUUGACUUUCAUCAAUACACCAAUCCAUUACAUACAUGCUACCAAUGUUUUUUAUGAAUUGAGGGAUCAACUCCAAAGCCAGCACUUCUCCAGCUCACCCCUUCCAAGCAGUGUGACCAACAGUUUUCCAGUCCCAGUGGCAAAGAAUACCCUGUCGAGUCGCUUACCCAAGUUCCUCCCAUAUGUUUGUUGGUUUGUACUUCUUGCAAUCAGCUCCUUCUCUGCAUAUUAUAUGACCCUUGUGAGCCUGGAUAUGACACGACAAAAGGCCACCAGCUGGCUGAUUUCCAUGCUCCUGUCACUUUUUCAUAGCCUCUUUCUACUUCCACCAGUUAAGGCAUUUAUCCAGACAGUGUUUAUGUUUCGUGUGCUAAGAAGAAGCACAAUGGAUGAUGCUGCAGAGGAACAACAAUUACAUGGGAUUCUGUCUUUGUUUGCAAAUUGCCCAGACUGGGAACUCUCGGGCUGCAGGGACCCACAGGAUCCUAUUUACUGCUCACCUGUUAAUAAGGCUAUAACAAGUCUGAAGAGGCAGAAGCUGAUAGAGAAGAGACUUUACAGGCUAGUCCUGGAGAUUGCUGUUCAUGUAGUUUUUCUCAUUAUGACGAUGAUCAUGGCUUAUGCAGACAAAAGCCCUAAUGAAUACAACUUAAACAUCGCUGUUUCGAACAGCUUCUCAAGCACCUUUAGCCAGAUAGGAAACAUUGAAGACUUUUACAGCUGGACAAGUAGCACUCUCCUGCCAAAUCUCUAUAGCCAAUACACAGGAUUCAUCACUGAUGGGAAUUGCUUUCUUCUGGGCAGUCCCAGGAUCCGUCAGUUGCGGAGAGCCCAGAGCCAAUACAGCAUAGGGGAUACAGGCCAUUAUAAAGCAGAAUGGCUUCCACUUGGUAGAAAUGACACCCCUGAUAAGGAGUGGAAAUACUAUACAGAGAAGGAGUUGGUAGGAUACCCUAUCUGGGGACAACUUGGAUGGUAUUCAGGAGGAGGAUUUGUGGCAGAAUUAGGAAAUAACAUAAUCAAUGCAUCUAGUAUACUAAUGUGGCUACAAACCAACCAAUGGCUGGACACCUACACCAAGGCUGUUUUCGUGGAGUUUAAUGUGUAUAAUGCCAAUGUCAAUCUCUUCUGUUUGGCCACCUUCAUCAUGGAGACCAGUGCAAUUGGAAAUUUCUUGACAUCAGUCGAUCUCCAGAUUAGAAAGCUUUCUUGGUCAACUACUGAUAUAUUUUCAUCGCAGUUUAUUAGCUACAUUAUAUUCCUUAUCAUUGUCUUGUACAACAUUAUACAGCAGGGUUUGCUCAUAAAAAAACAGAAAUGGUCUUAUUUAACCAACAUAAAGAACCUCCUGGAUCUGAGUAUAAUAAUGAUAAGUAUUUGCAAUACUGGCUUGUACAUCAAACUAGCCUUGCUGUGCCAAAGAGAUAUCAAUCGUUAUCAACAGGACCGCACUCGGUUUGUAAGUUUCUAUGAGACAGCCAUUGGGGAAUCAAUCCAUGGCUACAGCAUUGCCUUCCUUGUUUCUCUGAUGACAGCAAAACUUUGGAGCCUACUUAGUCUGAACCCAAAUUUGCACUUGAUUAUGGUGACACUGAGAAAAGCUUGGGAUGAAAUUAUUUACUUUCUAAUUGCUAUAAUUAUCAUAAUAGUGGCUUAUUCCAUCACAUGUAACGUUCUGUAUGGAUGGAAAAUUUAUAGUUACCGAACAUUUUUUGAUACUGCUGUGACUAUCUUCAGCCUUCUUAUUGGCAUUUUCAAUUAUGAUCAGGUUCUGGAUCUCAGCCCAGUCAUUGGAUCCCUGCUCAUCACUACUUAUGUCAUUUUCCUAGUGUUUGUGCUUGUUAACAUCUUCUUGUCUGCCAUCUUAGCUGUAUUUUCCAAGGAACGACAGUGCCCAACCCCACAUAAGGACAAGGAUGUUGUGGACUUGCUGAUGUUAAAGCUGUCUGGAUUGUUUGUCAUCCAUAAAAACACAAAACGGUCUGACGAUGCAACAAGUGAGGAGAAGCCAAUGUAAAGUGGGAAUAAAUGUCCUUUUCUAUGUUUAUAUGCACCCAGGCUGCACAUGAGGCGCUUAUUGAACACAUCAUCAUGAUUUCAAGUCCUUAUUUUAGAGAAAUAUGUGUUUUAACAAAGUUACCAAUUUGUGCAGAAACCUAUAUAUUAAAUCUGGAAGGGUGUUUGAGCACUACCUCUGUGGGUAAAAUACCAGUGACAACAAAAUAAAUAUUCAAAAAAUACUCACUAUAAUUUGAUACUAUUUUAAAAAAUAAAUAAAUAUAUAUAAUUAUGAAGAAAUGCAAUCUAUAUGUCAAAAUGCAUAUUACCAUAGAUGUGACCAAUAGUGACAGCACACUCCACGGUGUAAAAAUAAUUAUU